AUGGUAGAAACUAGAGAGCAACUUCUAUGUCUUGUUGAAUUCAACGUGGAAGACUUCUACGCGUUGGCGAGGGCAGAAAGAAAACAUGAAAGACGGCGCAGUCUACAAGGCGGAUAUGUAUCAGAAAGGGAUGUGGAGGAGAGCGAUGACGGAAUCGAGAUUUCGAAGACAAAAACGGGCGACAGAUCUAUUGAGUCUGUGCCUUCACAUUGUCGCUACGCAUUCGUCCAGAGGAAACGCUCUUAUUCUUCUGUAAACUGGAGGGCAGUGAUGCAGACCACCGGGGCUGGUCCGGCGCCGUCUCGUAUACAACCGCAGUAUAAAAGUAGGGCGCAGUUAAGACUGGAGAAGAAGAAAAAACAUCUUACAACUACAUAGACGAAGACUUUGAAUGUCCCUUAAAUAAACGCUGAAAGAUUGCUGGAACUUUAUUUGGAUGGUUUCGAUAUUGUUUUAGUAGAGGAUCAAACAACGGAUGUUCCUGAUCUCAUUCUCAAAGCUCUUAUUUGACGACUUAGGCCUUAAAACGGCAUAGGGAUGUGAUUCCUCUGUAUCAUGCAAACCUCAAUCAGGGAU